CAUAUUUUGUUUUUACGAUUUGAGGUUAUUUUCGCGGACUGACGCCGCUGUUGUUUUUAAUAAAAUUAUCCACAAAACCAAAAACCAUGAAGCUAGUUAGGUUUCUCAUGAAACUCAGCCACGAGACGGUCACAAUUGAGUUGAAAAACGGCAGUGUUGUGCACGGAACGAUCACCGGCGUCGAUGUCGCUAUGAACACCCAUUUGAAGGCAGUCAAAGUUACUUUGAAAAACAAGGAAGAACUGCAGUUGGAGACUUUGAGCAUUCGCGGGAAUAACAUAAGGUAUUUCCUGCUGCCAGACAGCUUGCCUUUGGAGACGUUAUUGAUAGAUGACGCGCCGAAAGGUCGAGGCAAACGCGAAGGAUUCCCGAGGGGUGGUGCAAGAGGUGGCCGAGGCAGAGGCCGUGGAGGCCGCGGCGGGCCCAGGGGCGGCCGGGGCGGCCGUGGUCGCGGUCGGCGAUAAAGUGUUUAGCAAAUAAGUCUCAAUAACAGUCUAAGUUUGUGAUUAUAAUAUUAAGUCUAAGAGGUUAUGUUGUUUCAUUUGGGCACCUUGAAUGAUUUGUGUAUCUGGAAUUGUGUAGGUUACAGAAAAAGCAAUUUAGAGUCAUACGAAGAAGUUAUGAACUUCGUUACUGGGUUCGAACAUUCCCUACAUCUUGGGUUUAAAAUUGGAGCUAGUUUUGAACUUGUCCAAAAUUGUAUGCAAUUUUGAAGAGUAGAAUUAGUUUAUUAUGCUAAAACUUUGUG